AUGCUGUGGGCUCAGAGGAGGAAAAGGAAGACAGAGUGUGCUCGAGAGGAGUCUCCCGAAUCCUGCCGAUCAAAUGACAGCUGGAUCAAAUCUCACUUUAGCCGCCUCUCCGAAGAGAGGUUGCCCACCCACCGCUACAUCAGCAACAAUGCCCCCUCGUAUGAAAAUAGGCACGGGGAAGCCAACACCACCUUCCACAUGGAGACCCUCACCUCCAAACACGGAGAAGGGAGCAUGGCUCUGCACCGAGAUUCCUUUGCCAGCAAACAGAAGGUGUCUGGGACCUCAGUGACCAAAGAGACCCAGAGGGAGUCAAGAAAGCCCUCGUCAAUGGAGGACGAAACAUGGGCCGCUGUGGCUGCUUGUGCCAAGGAGAUCGAUGCCAAGGGGCAUCACCUGGCUAAUUCCAUGCUGCAACGCGCCACGACCUACCAGCAUAUAGGCCACGUGGAAUCCAGGGACAUCAGCCCAGAAGAGCUGAAGGCUCUGGAGGAGGUGGAGAUAAAGCUGAAAGGGAAUUUCCUCACUCAGCGGGAAACCUCCAUAGCUGGUUCCAACCAAAGUCACACCAUCUAUAGCCAGAGUCGCCAUGGGCACCAGAGCCAGCGUAGACAUUCAAACCACCAGAGUAAUCAGAGUCAUCCUGUUUACUCCAGCCACCAGGGUCAUCACCCAGAUCACUUGAGCCACCAGGGUCAUCCAAAUUACUCAAGUCACCAGAGCCACCAGAGUCAUCUGGGCCACUCAAGCCACCAGAGCCACCAGGGUCAUCCAAGUUACUCAAGCCACCAGAGCCACCAGAGUCAUCUGGGCCACUCAAACCACCAGGGUCACCAGGGUCACUCAAGCCACCAGAGCCACCAGGGUCAACCAGGUCACGCAAGCCAUCAGAGCCAUAGUCUGCCCAACCGCAGCCACCAAAUCUAUGACUCUUGA